AUGGCUUCAGGUAGCGGCUCAAAGGAUUAUCCCCAAAGAUUGUACCCGGAAGGCAAAUCUCCUUUGCUGAAGAAGAGUUGUCAUCAUAACUGCAAGCUUCAUGAGUUCAUCAUGAUGAUCAGGGAUCACCUUGGGGAAGAAAUUUACAACGACAUCAUGAAUAAUUCUCAAGUUGGCGUGCUACUGAAGCUUGCAUUGACUUCGUUCAUAUGGAGUGCUAAGACGGUUCAGUAUUUCGUGAGCAACCAACUGAAGGUGGAUAGGAAUCAUGAGUUCUGGACUCUUAUUGGAGGUCGCCCGGUUAGAUUUUCACUCUUCGAGUAUGCUGAAAUCACGGGGCUAAACUGUGACCCAAUUGAUCCCAAUGACAAGUUGGAAAUAGAUCACACCGAAUUUUGGGCUGAGAUUGGAGUGAGAGGUGGGGAAGGCCCUAAUUGGAAUGAGUUAGAAGCUCGGAUGAAAACUUGCCAAGCAUGGACUUAUGAGAAGAAGAAGAUGUUGGCGUUACUUUUCAUUUUGCAUGUUGGCGUAUUGGGACUUCACCGCAACAGUCGAAUCCCGUUGGCUUUAGCCAAAACAGUUAUGGAUGAAGCAGCUUUUGAAAGACAGCCGUGGGGUCGUUAUGGAUUCCAUGAACUAAUUUAUUCCAUCAAGAUUGCUAAUUUGGGGGGAGCACGAUACACUCUCCACGGAUGUGUACAGGCAAUGCUUGUUUGGGGUUAUGAGUGCAUCCCUAUAUUGGCUGAGAGAGCAGGGAAAGUACGCCCCGAUGUAGAUGACUCGGUUGUUCCUCUUCUUAGGUGGACUUCAUCACGGUGUCGUUAUGUUUUCGAGACUCUUUUGGAGAUGGAUAAGAGUGAAACCGAGGACCACAAGGUUCGGGUUAGACAUCUAAUGGUGGUGAAGCCCUUGGAGGAAAUAUAUCCUGUCUGGGAAGGUGAACCCCGACGUGUAGACGUCGAUAUAAAGGUGCAUAACAUGAUAUGCGAUAUUCUGGAUGGAAGCUUGGAUGAGGGGUUCUGGGAAUCUCCCAAAAACGUAGGUGGUGAUGCAACAGGUGGUGAUGCAAUAGUUCAGACGCCGAAACAGUCGAAGAGGAAGUUGGAAACUCCACGCGUGGAGAAGAAAAAGAAAGAGAAGGUGAAAGAGGCUGAAGCAACGGAUUCAACUCCGAGAAGCAAAAGGAGAAGGGAAAGAGAGGCAAGGAAAGAAGAGACGAACCACGAAAACAAGGAGAAAAAGAAACGUAAGAAGGAUGAUGAGGAAGAAGAUGAUGAUUUUAACUCACCGGAGGAUAGGACGAAUGAGAUCCUCAUGGCAAUCAAUGGUUUAUCAACGACGGUUGCAUUGCUAAACAGCAAUGUCAGCAGUGCUGUAAUUCGUAUAGACCACCUGGAUAAGAGGAUUGCCGUUAUCGAGGAUAAACAUGAAGAGAAAGAUGAGGCCAUGGCGAAUUCUGGGAACCAGGUUGACAACGACCAUGUUGACAAUGAUGAUAAUGCCGGUGAUGCAGAAUCCAAAAUCUCACCUAAAACCCCUAGAGCAAAGGCAUCUCCUCCAGCAGCAGCGCCAGUAGCAGGAACGUCAACGGGAGGUGGAGCAGGAACGGGAACGGGAGCUGUGGAAAAGGAUCCGGUACGCAAGUCUCUCUUCUAA